UUCGUUUUCUAGUAUCAGCAGAGGUCGCCGUCUAUUCCGACAUUUACAGACCUUCUGCAAGCAGUGGUUUUCUUAAUUAAAGCAAUCCAAGCUGCACCGCAGAUACUGGCAGUCUAGGACAGAUUAUACUGAAAUGAUUACUGCGUCAGCGUUUUGCAGGGGGGGGGGAAACAGAUCAGACCCAAAUUGUAUUGUUCGAAGUGGAUUAAUUAGCAUUAAAUGACUCCCACCGUGGUCAGCAAAAGUAAACAAAGUUGAAACUGUGAUAGAAAAUAAAACUGCAUUUCCCAGAGUGCAUAUUGAAGGGAAGCCGGAAAAGCUUCCGUUGUACGGAAGAGAUAACUGAAUUAGAUCUUAGGGGAGAACGAUACAGUAGAAACAACUUGAAUUAAAUAAUUAAGAUUAGUUGUAACCGUACGCGAUGUCUGUUAAAGAUAGGGACCCUUCUGGAAACGAAUUAUUGCGUUUGAUUUAUCAGCAUCUUAAUGAAAAUGGGUACCAGAAAGCAGCUAAAGAACUCAAACUGCACGUUGGGCAGAAGGCUGUACCUACGCAGGAGGCUUCCCUCCAAGACAUCUACUCUUACUGGGCAAAAGCCCCGGAACAUUUGAGGAAGAGAAAGUUAAACCAGGUUAAUAGUGUUUCUCCGCGCAAGAAGCCUCGCCUAUCCGAUCCUGCCAGCAGCAGUGAGAGCUCUGACCAGGAGGAUGCAAGCAAAACACAGGCAAAGGACAGUAAAGCAGUAGGGAAGUCUCCAGGCCCUGCUGCGGUAAGGAAGUCUCCAGGCCCUGCUGUCCUGGAAAAGAUACUCCAGAGCAGCAGCGAGGAAGACUCGGACUCAGACUCCUCAGAGGAAGAACCAGGGAAAAAAGCUGCCCCGGUAAAACCGGCAGCAACUCCGAUCAAAGCCACUCCAGGAAAGGUUCUCCAGGCCAGCCCUGCUGCCUCAAAGCUCAUCCAAAACAAGGCCACCCCAGCAAAGGUAUCAAGCCCAGCCCCGAGCAAGCCUGUGCCUGCCACUGCUAAACAGUCUAAGGCUCCUGGGACUGCAAAGAAGGAGGAGAGCUCUGAGAGUGACUCGUCAGAGAGCGAGGAGGAAAAGACACCAGCUGUGAAACCACUGCAGAAGCCUGCAGCUCCAGUUUCUAAGGCAGCAAGCAGCAGUGAGGAUUCAUCCAGUGAGGAUUCAGACUCCAAACAAGAAGCAAAGACAAAAUCCCAGGUAACGUCGGUGGGAAAGGGACCCCUUCCUAAAGCAGUCCAGGCCAGCACCACCCCGGGAAAGGUUGCCACGACGACCUUGGCCUCAGGCACACCUUCUCAGGUGAAGUCAGCACCGGGGAAGGUCAUAGCUGGGAAAGGGAAGGGGAAGGAGACAGGAAGUUCAGAGAGCGAGAGCAGUGAUUCGUCAGAGAGUGAAGAAGAGACAACAGUACAGAAAUCCUUCAUCAAGCCGAAGGCAAAUCAAGCGUCUGUACUAACUGGGAAGCAAGUUGAUGCAAAGGCUGCCCCGGGAAAAAUUUCUUCUGCAGCCCCAGGGAGAUCCACCAAGCCAGCUCCAAGCCAGGCCACGGCCACGCCAAAGACUGCUGCAGUGGGGAAGAAGAAGGGACAGGAGAGCUCCGAGAGCGACAGCAGUGAAUCUUCAGAGAGUGAGGAGGAGAAGCCACCUGCACAGGCAGCAGUCAGGGUGCCAAUAGCAAAUUCACUGGCAGGAACACCAGCGAAGCAAGUCAGUAAAAUACAUAUUUUGGGGAAGGCUUCUUCUCCAGCCCCAGGCAAAUCCCCCAAGCCAGCUUCAAGCCAGGUCAAAGCCAGCCCAAAGACAGCAGCAGCAGGGAAGAAGGAGAGUUCAGAGAGUGACAGCAGUGGCUCUUCAGAGAGUGAGGAGGAAGAGGAGAAGCCAUGUGCUGUCAAAACUCCCCUGAAGCCAGCUCUCAAGAUUGCUGCAGCGACUCCAGAAUCUCAUGUAAAACAAAGGGGGUCUGCUGCUGCAUCCAAACCUGCAGCCUCUGAGUCUGACAGCGACAGUGAUGACUCCAGUGAGGAGGAGGAGGAAACUCCAAGGAAACCUCUUCAGAAAGCAUCUGUUGUAAAGGCAACCACCCCUGUUUCUAAAACUCCUUUGAAAACACUCGUCAAGGGCACUCCUGCCAAGCCAGGGGCAGCUAAGCCAACCCCAGGGAAGGUUUCAGCUCUGACCCAGCCUGCAAAGACCACACCCAGCCAGGCCAAAGUAACCCCCAAGGCAGGGAUUGGAAAGGAAGAGGAUGAGAGCAGCGAUUCAUCAGAGAGCGAGGAGGAGGAGCGCACGCCAGUCACACCAGUAGUAAAGCUACAGCAGAAACCUGAAGCUACCCUGAAGCGGUUAGCUGUGCCCACAGUUUCCAAGACAAAGGCUUGUGAGAGUGAGAGCACUGAGGAUUCCAGCGACGAAGACCCAGCACAGACCCUUCAAGCACAGAAGGCCCUGGUUGCCAAAGUACUGCAGCAGAAUAAGUGUUCAGUGAACCCAUCCCCCCUGAAACCCGGCACAGUGACGCCUGCAUGGAGCAGGAACAAGACUCCCGUGAGGCCAGCGGGGACUCCAGCAGGGGAGGACAGCUCUGAGAGCGACAGCAGUGAUACGGAUCUGGAGAAGUGCAGAGAGCCGGCUCGCACGCCUACAGUGAAAACUCCUGCAAACACCAAUCAGAAAAAGGAGAAGGUAACCCCUGCAUGGAAGAGCCAACCACAGGAGGAGGACAGUGACUCAGACAGUGACUCUUCUGAGGAAGAAGCCGCGACAAAGCCAACUUUAACUGUAAGCACCUCAGCACAGAAGACAAGCCAAAAGGGAGCAGAGAAAGGAGCACUGGCAGUGAAAGCUGAGAGGAAAACAAAAGCCAAGGCUGCACCUAGGAGUCCCAAACCUACUGGGGGCAGGACUAAAGAGACUGCCGUGGGGAAGACGAUCCAGCAGCUGCUUUCCAUUGCAGACAGCGAGUCACCAGAGCCCUCUGACAGCGACGCUGAGGAUGAGGAAGCCACUACGGCCAUCAAAAUCACUGGAGGAAAGACACAAAAAACCACUGGAGGAAAGAAACAAAAAAACACUGGAGGAAAGAGAGCGUCAGGGAUGACCGAAUCGGAGCAGUCUUCUUCUGAGGAGAGGAAGAGAAAACGACCUGCUGGCACUGCUGCUGCAGGGGCAAAGAAAGAAAAGAAGAAAGAGAAGAAAUCAAAGCUGGCUAAAAAGCUGAGGCUGACAAGCGAGGACGGCAAAUCUGUCUCCCCAUCAAGUGCAAAGCCAAGCCCUAUUUCAGUAAAGGGAGAAAAGCGGGAGAAAAAAAAGAAGUCAAUGAAAGACAAGAAGAAGAAAAAAUUUAAGAAUACCCCUUUCCGGCCUGCUCGUGGGUUCAGUUUGGGCACACCCCGCUCGGCUGGUAAUAGCCCCGUACUAACACAGUCUCAGUCAGCAAAGAAAAAAAAGAAGAGUAAAUUGACACUGUCCCAGUAAACCACAGGUGGAAGUUUGCUUUACGUCAGAUAAGAUGGACUUCAGGUUUGCAAUGGAGCUAAAGGGAAAAGUUGCCCCAUCCACAGAUGCUCCUCUAUAUAUAUAUAUAUUUUUGUAUUAAAAAAAAAACAACUAAAAAAACUUGACAAGAUUCUUUCUAUUUGUUCUAACGUUUUCUGUUCCGGCUUGUGCUUUUUGUAGGUUUCUUACAAGCUUGUGAAGUAAAUGACAAUGUAUAUUUUAAACUCUUUGUUAUAUUUGUGUACCUGAAGUAGGAAAUAAAGGUUUAGUUCCAGUUUAGCAGA